AGCGCAGCGCAGCGCAGUGCAGCAGGGGCCACCUCAGGACCAGUCACCUCCAGUCCCCAAGAUGAAACUCAUCAUAGGCAUUGGAGGGGUGACCAACGGUGGGAAGACCACCCUGACCAACAGCCUCCUCAAGGCGCUGCCCAACUGCUGCGUGAUCCAUCAGGAUGACUUCUUCAAGCCCCAGGACCAAAUAGCAGUCGGAGAGGACGGCUUUAAACAGUGGGACGUGCUUGAGUCCCUGGACAUGGAGACCAUGCUCAGCACGGUGCAGGCCUGGGUGAAGGAUCCACACAAGUUUGCACGCGCUCAUGGCGUCAGCCUUCAGUCAGGUGCCUCGGACACCCACGUACUCCUCCUCGAGGGUUUCCUACUGUACAGCUACAGGCCCCUGGUGGACUUGUACAGCCAACGCUACUUCCUGACCGUGCCGUAUGAGGAAUGCAAGCGGAGGAGAAGAAGCCGUACUUACAUGGUCCCUGAUCCUCCUGGCCUGUUUGAUGGUCACGUGUGGCCCAUGUACCAGAAGUAUAGACGGGAGAUGGAGCAGGACGGGGUGGAAGUGGUCUAUUUAGAUGGCAUGAAGUCCCCGGAGGGACUCUUCCAUCAAGUUCUGGAGGAUAUUCAAAACAGACUGCUCAACACAUCCUAGCAAGACGCAGGUCCUGGACAGCAGGGCCUGAGAUGUUCUGACUGGACGCAGUGGCUCUUCGCCUAUAGGAAAUCUGUACAUAGGAGGGCAUGUCCCCACACACGUGCAGUGGGCACGGACACUGUGAGAUUUUCUAGCACCUCAACAUUAAAGUGGACUCUGUUUUUUAACCUGGCGUCCUGUAUGGUCCCUAUGAGGUGAACCUCUCUCAGACCCUUUACUGGCACCUGGUGGCCUCUGUGGGUAACCUUGUUGAUGUGCCUCAGUUUCCCUAAAGGAGACAUUCCUCAUGAACUUGGGUAAGGAGAAACAACAUCUACCCUAAUGUAGACAGGCACAGAGAGGUCACCUUUGGUACUCAGAAUUACACAGUAAGUUGGUGUGUCCAGCUAGAAAGCUUCUCUGCCUAAAUAGGAUGGAAUUCUAGAGAGUUCCCGAGGGAUUCCUGAGAUCUUUCUUCUCUCAUCUGAGCCUCCCUCUACUUCUUUCGGAAACCAAAGCCAAGUCUCACUCUAUAGGGUUAUUUGGAAUCUCCUAAAUACACACACACAACACAUGCUGCCUGUCCUGCAACCAGCAUACCUGUCUCCUCUCACACACAACCAUACACCCCCUGAACCAUGGUGACAGUCUCAGUGUGAUUUUUUUUUGUUUUUUUGUUUUUUGUUUUUUGUUUUGUUUUUCGAGACAGGGUUUCUCUUUAUAGCUCUGGCUGUCCUGGAACUCACUCUGUAGACCAGUCUGGCCUCAAACUCAGAAAUCCACCUGCCUCUGCCUCCCAAGUGCUGGGAUUAAAGGCGUGUGCCACCAUUGCCCAGCUCGGUGUGUUUUUUAUUACUUGUGUGGACUUCAUAAAAGGGAAAACUGAGGCUCUGAGCAGAACAUUUCGGUGGUGCUGGAAUGUAGAUGUGGAGGAGAGUCGGCUUCAGAGAUUUUAUUCUUUGGCCUGAGGGUGACACCUAAUGGCCAUCUGUGGAAUUGCAAUGACAGAAUCCCAAUUACAUAUAGAAAAAUGCUAUAGUAGAUGAGUGGAUGGAUGGAUUAAUGGGUGGAUUGAUGGAUGGAUGGACCGACGGACGGACGGACAGAUGGAUGGACGAGUGACUGAGUAGUAGUGUUCUGCUAAAUAACAAGUCUGAAGCCUCCUUGUCUACAUAAGACUUUGAAAAUAAAAUUGUUGCUUGUAAUUUU